UUGACCCUCCACCCUCCUGCUUCCACCACACACACCCACACACCCUCCUCCUGUGGUGCAUAGAUGAGAUGAAAACAAACAUGGACAAGGGAGUAAACAUUUCUAAAUGCUGACUUAAUAGAAAAUGCUUCUAGUGAAAACAACUGCAGAGACCUGAGGGCCAGUGGUUCUCUGUGUCUGCCCAUUCAGCUGCAGCACAGACAAGGCCUGCUGUAAGCUCUGGCGCUGUUCCACCUCUGCCUGGGUGAUCUCUGCCUUACAUCGCUUUCUCUGAGCUUAGAGACCUGAAGCUGCUGUCCACAGUUCAUGUCAGGCUAACUGUCAGUGUCGGAGCAGAAGGAAAUAAGUCAUCUAUGAGCAGUGUGAACUCCCCUAAUAAAUUAUUGAUUUGGCUGAUACUGAUUUGCCAGCGGAAAUUAAACCAAAAUGAAGAUGUCCUAAGCUGUUAUGACAUGGACAGUGAACUAAUGUCUGAAAUGUCUGAGGCCCAGUGGUUUAUCAUAAUAAUCAUGUCCUGGAGGAACAGAAAGACAAAUCACAGUGAAUAACCAAGCACAAGUUUGCUUCUUCACUUCAUGGUUGAAAGGGAGAAAGAAUUAGUUCACAGGGAAAAAAAAUUGGAGAAGCAGUCAGACUGAGAGAUUUAAGAGAAAAAUGAAAUUCUGUUCAGAUCUGGGUUCCCACAGAAUUGCCCCGAGCGACAGAGCUCUGCAGAGAGCGGGCCGUCUGUGGUUUCCUGCCAGCUCCUUAUAAAAUUGUGUUUCUGUGAUGGAUUUCUGUUUCUCCUGAGGAUUUCCAUUUUGCCCUUUGAUACCUGCAGACUGUUUCUAUACUCAUGGUCAGUUUCAAGUUAGAGCUCUUACUACUGCUGAAAAAUAUCCACCAUUUAAUGGUCUGCUUCAAUGGCAUCUGUAUUCAAAAGCAGUACUCCGUUUUGUGUCUUCCGUCUGUGUUCUGCACAGUGCAGGCGUGCUAUAUUUGAUAUCAGAAUUGAAUUUCUUGCACAAUGUUUAAAGAAGAAUUCUUUAAUUAGAGGUAAACACAGUCCACCCAGGGGUUGGAUUUGAAUUUGUUGCCAAAAAGAGCUUGCUGUUCUGAAUCAAAUCAGACUGUGUUUCAGCCUCCACUGACCCCCUACUGCAUGCUAACGCAAUCUAUGCAAUCUUGAGCAAGACAAAAAAGGUCUGGAAUACAGGCAAUAGUGUGUUCAACUGAGUGCUCAUGGGUUGCCUUGAAAUCAUCCAAUAUGUGACUAAAAACAGAGAACAGCCACUUUACCUGAUUUGGGGUAAGUGUAAUAUUUCUCAUCCUUCCUACAAUGACGAAUCAUUUUAAAUGAAGCAUUUUGCAUUGUUCAUUUACUCUUAAGAGGUUUGCAGGUGAACAGAUACUUUGGUUGAAGUCAGAGUGGUGCUAACACUUUCUUGAUACUGACUGUGUGCACAGGCGUGCUUUGAGAAAUGAUGGUGAAUUUGCUAACAUACAUCAUGUAUGCUGUCAGCCAGUUAAUCAACAGCUGUUCUGAAUUACACAUUCCUACUCUUGUUUAUCAUUCAAAUUAGGGUUGCAACUAACAAUUGCUUUAUAUCAUCAUCAUUAUAGCAUUAUUAUAAUUGAUUCAUCUGCAGAUUAAUUAUGUCAAUUUAUAGAUAUUUAUGGACACCAUUAUUUUAGAUAUUCUCAUAUUUGAGAGGUUGGAACCAUCAAAUGUUUGGCAACUUUGCUUGAAAAAUGAAUUAUACAAUUACUUCAUUUUCAAAAUAGUUGCAGAUCAAGUUUCGGUCAGUCAACACUGAAUAACUGACAAAUUUUUGCUUCUCUAUUUCAAAUAUUUAAUAAUUCACAUUAUGUUAUUAAUAUAUCAGUUCAUAGUUAUAGUAAUAGAUAUGAAGACAAGCAGUUACCCCAGUUUUAUUUUCCUCUAAAAAUCAAUUUUGACAAUUGGCUUCAAUUUUACUAAUUCCUUUCUAGCCCUCCACCAUCUUCGAGUUCCUCAGUUCACUUCCUCUGUUAUUUUUCAUCUUUCAAACACAUUGUAUCUUAUCAACAACUUUCAUAUCCCUCUCAGUUCCUUUAUUCCUUCUCUCUUUCACUUCACUUCUCUCCUAUCCAUCUUUCGAUCUGUUUCUCUGUCCAUUUCUAUUUUUCAGUGAUAAGGGAAGAGGAUUUGACCUGUUGCUGCCUUGUUUCUCAUCUGGCAUGAAAUGUGAUGUGAGAUGCCCCUGAGUUUGCAGGCGAGUGAAAGCUGCUUCCACACUUGAGAUGAACAGAGGAGAGAUAAGAAGUCGUACAGAUGACUCUAUAAUCUGCCACUUGUCACACUGUCCCUGUUGUUUGGGAGCUUAUCCAAGGAAGAUGUUCGACACAGGUUGAUGAUUCAUUGAGGGGAAGCAGCACAGCUUCUCUGUGGCCAUGCUCUUCCAGACUCCCUUUGCUCAGACAAAAACAUCAAAAGAAAACAGUGUUACACAGCAUGUACGGCCAUGUCACUAAACCCCUCUGGAGCCACUUGGAAUGGUCAGCAUUAUUUGUCAUCAGGAGGAUGGGAUUGAUUUGGCUGGUUUUUCUGCGGAGCAGCCAGAUCUUACUGGUCAAACUUAUUAUUGUGGAUGAGAUCUAUCCAGAUGUACAGUAUAUGAGAUAAAAGGCCACUGUCCAUCCCAAGUGCUGAUGUAAGGCCAGUUCCUGGAAUUACUACACUAAGGAGUUGACAACUCUAUGGGUGAUAUCAUACUGACUUAGCAUCCAGUCAAUGCAGACCAGCAGGAGCGCACUUUUCUGAAAGGCGUAUUCAGCGUCAGGAAGGGCAAGACACAGCUGCACAAGUGGGCAGAGCGGCAGGUCUUUCUCUGUGGCACCUGUUUAAUUGUGGCUUCCGUGAAAGACAGCCUGACUGGGAAGAUGCACAUCUUACCCCUGGUGGGGGGAAAGGUGGAGGAGGUGAAGCGGAGGCAACACUGCCUGAUGUUCAGCUCAGCUGGAUCACAGGCCCAGACAUACUUCGUCAACUUUGACACACUGGCAGACUACCAGCGAUGGCAUCGGCAGGCAUCAAAAGUGGUGUCUCAGACAGUCAGCAUGGUGGAUCUGUCCUGCUACAGCCUGGAAGCGGUGCCUGAAUAUCUGUUCUACAGCCAGGAUAUCACCCACCUCAACCUGCGACACAACUUCAUGAGCCUGCAGGGGCCUGGAGGCCUGCUCAACCUCCCCAGGUUUUCCCAGCUGAAGAGCCUGAACUUGUCUCACAACCGUCUGGGCGUCUUCCCUGAGUGUGUAUGUGAGAUCCUCACCCUGACUGAGCUCAACCUGUCCUGUAAUAAUCUCCACACUGUCCCAGCACAGAUAGGUAACCUUCAAAGCCUGCAGACGCUGCUUUUGGAUGGAAACCACCUCAGCUCCCUGCCUGAAGAGCUGGGUGGCCUGUUCCAGCUCAACAGCCUGGGGCUCUCCUUUAACAACUUCUCUCACAUCCCUGCUGUGCUGGAGAGAUUGAGUGCAGUGGACAAGCUGGCCAUGGCUGGGAACAGAGUUGAGAGUCUGGAGUUGUGUACUCUGGUCCGAAUGAACCACCUGAAAAUCAUCGACCUCCGGCUGAAUGGGCUGCGCUGGGUGAAAAGUGAGAAUCUAGAAGCAGUGAGCCAGGUGACCCAGCUGGACAUACGAGACAACUGCUUGGACUCACUAGACUUGAGCUCCAUCUGCAACCUGGAGACUCUGCACUGCCAGCGCAACCAACUGGGGACACUCACACUCAGCGGUUUCACACUGCGCAUGCUUCAUGCCAGCAGCAACUGCCUUACAACAGUCAACAUCUAUCCAGUCCCUAACCAGCUGACACACAUGGAACUAUCACAGAACCUUUUGGAGUACCUUCCAGACUGGGUAUGUGACUGCAGAAAAAUUGAGAUGCUGGAUGUCACACACAACCUCCUGUCUGAGCUUCCUUCCAGACUGCUCAACAGCUUGAGUUUGAGAAAGCUGCUGGCGGGGAACAAUCGUUUGCAUAGAGUGCCUGACCUACUUGACCACGUCCCUCUGGAAGCCCUAGACCUCCAGCACAACAAGCUAGCUGAAUUGCCCGAGAGUCUCUUUUACAAAGCCUUAAACCUAAAGUACUUAAAUGUGUCAGCCAAUGCCCUGGAAAGUAUUCCUCCUAGCAGCCAAUCCGAAGAGAGCCUCAGCACACUCCAGGAGCUCUACUUGACGAGGAACAACCUGAAUGAGAACUGUGGUGCUCUGCUGGUUGGACACCAAAACCUGCGGGUCCUUCACAUUGCCUACAACCAAUUGCUGUCCUUCCCUGCCAGUAAGUUGAGUAAGCUGGAGCUGCUGGAGGAGCUAAAUCUAAGUGGCAACAACCUAAAGACUAUCCCCUCCACUGUAUCCAGCUGUAAGAGACUGCACACCCUCAUAGCGCACUCCAAUCACAUUACUGUCUUCCCAGAGAUCCUCAACCUGCCUGAGAUAAAGCUUGUAGAUCUAAGCUGUAAUGAGCUGACUGAGAUCCAGCUGCCUGACUCACUGCCUGCUACUCUGCAAGAGCUGGACCUGACAGGCAAUAGCAGCCUGAUGCUGGAACACAAAACCCUCAACCUCUUCAGUCACAUCACCACCCUAAAAUUAGACCAGAAAUCGACCACAACAGCAGGGGACUCUCUGAGUGCCUCUACUCCGUGGAACCAUGGUUACUCUGAAAUGAGCGGCCAAAGGAACAAGUUGUGUGUGUCUGUGCUGACUGUAGACCGGUUUGGAGAUGGCUUGGAAGCAUGUUAUGGUAUCUUUGAUGGAGACCGCAAUGAGGAAGUGCCUCGGCUGCUGCAAUGCACCAUGGGAGAUGUGCUGUGCGAGGAACUGCAGGACUCCAGUAUCGACAAUGUGUAUAUGUGCAACACUUUCCUCACCUCACACAGGAAACUAGGUAUGGCUGGCCAGAAACUGGGUGCUUCUGCCUUGCUGUGUUAUAUCCACCAUGAGCCUUCAGAUCCAGGAGGCUACCUCAGCCUUACCGUGGCCAACGUGGGCACCUGCCAGGCAGUGCUGUGCCGGGAUGGCCGGCCUGUACCUCUCUCUAAGGUUUACAGCUUGGAGAACUGCACUAACGAGAUGGAGAGAGUUAAACUCAGUAAAGCCAUUAUUACCGAGGAUAACAAAGUGAGUGGAGUGACAUGCUGCUCUCGCCUGCUGGGCUGCUCUUAUCUGUCUCCCUGGGUGCUUCCAAAGCCCUGGGUGCACACUGAGCCUCUCUGUUCACAGGAUGAGUUCUUGAUCCUGGGGAAUCGAGCACUGUUUGAACGGGUCUCCUACCAGGAGGCCGUGUGUACUGUGCAGGCUGUGCGAGAUCCACGUGCUGCUGCCAAGAAGCUGUGUUCGCUCGCCCAGAGUUAUGGUUGCAAAGACAACAUUGGGGCUGUGGUGGUGUCCCUGCAUAUUAGUGAGGACAGCUGUACCUGUGAGCCACCAGCCUCCACCACUGAACCCAGAGCCCCCCCCCCUGCCCCUGUGCCUGUGUCCUUGACCCCAGGCCCCAGUGACGCAGCCACCUUUUCAUCCAGCAGUGGUAUUGUCUCUGAGUUCAACAGUGAGACAUCAGCCUCAGAGGUGGGCAGCGAGGCGGGGUCCACCGCUUCAGACGAGCACCAAUCCUCUGGCCCUGCAUCCCGCCCAGAGAGACGCUGUAGCAUACACCCUGCUACUACGCUGUGUGGGAUCAUUGUGCCGACCGCAGCUGGUGCAGGAACACACCCAGCCUUAUUCCAGCGUCAACCCUCCUGUGCUACGUUCUCGAGUAACCAGUCUGACAACGGCUUGGACAGUGAUGAUGAAGCACCACUUGAGGGUGUUAUCUCAAAUGGCAGCAAGUUAGAAGUGGAGGUGGACAUCCACUGCUGUGCUUUCCAACUACGGUCAGGGGCCCCUGAGAGCCCCAAGGACUUGGACCUUGAAAAGCGAGGCUCUGACUAUCCCAAUGGCAAAAUGCGCAGACAGAACAGCGUGGUUGUUUCUGCUACAAACGGCUGCCUACUGGCAGUAUGUGGGAGAGAGAUUGCCGACCUCAAGAAGUCUCCCUCCACAUCCAGCCUGUUUGGGAAGAAGCUGUCCAAUGGCUCUGUGGUAGCCCCCGAGGACAGCCAUAAUCUUAUUGAGGUGGCCCUGGAGGCUCCUAAGAAGAAGUCUGGCUACUUUACUGCCCCAGCACAGCAAGACCCCGAGGAUCAGCUGAUUGUGCCUCCAAGUCUGGAGCAGGAGGUCAGGGAGCAGCUAAGAGGCCAGAGCCCUCUAGUGUCAGGCCCCUCUGCACCUUCCACAACCCCCUCCUUAAAAGACCCUGUAUGGGAUCAUCCACACCCUCCUGCAUUUGCCUCCAACCUGGUUCCAGGUCCAGGCCCAGCUCCCAUCCUACAGCAGGAAGUCUAUGAUACCGCGCUCUAAAGGGGAAACACAGCAGAGCGGCAUGUGGCUGCAAUUCUGUGUUAGUGCCAUUCCAUCGAAGAAGAGGUUUUUUCUCAUACAUGUGGGAUAUUCCAAUUCAAGUUGCCAUUCAGAUCUUUUGUGAGGACAAGACAAAUCUGUUGGACUUUGAUAGUCAUCAUUAGUGAUGCUGUGCCAUUAAUUAAAGGUAAAGAAAGGGUUUCUGUGCAUGGUCUGAGUAUACAAGAAAACAGACGUACCAAGGUCGCAGUUCAUGACAUGAUGUUGUGAAAGGGAUGGCUGGCUGGCUUGUUAUGGCAGUAUAACAAACCUGAGCUGUAAUGGGAUACCUCAUGUGUUAAAACAUGUCAGCAACAUUUCCCUUUACUUGUAAAGUCAAGCAAUCUGGAGGCUGUGUAUGGGAUGAUGUUCAGUGAGGUCAAAUCUCCUCUCCAGGGGCUCCGUGGUCUCUCAGGUCCUGGAGAGAAGUCCUGUGACUGAAACUUGAAAAAGUGCCUACUGUGGAUGGUUCAGCAUAGAGCUCCCACACAUCCAGGCUGUGUUUGGGGAUGUGAGCUUGUUAGUUAAAUUUGGAGGAGGGACCGUGUCUCCAAGAGACCAGCACUGGCACAGCUUUUGCACUCCUCCUCCUCCUGUGGCUUCCAAAGGAAAUCAGACAGUAUAAAUGCUUGUAAGGCACAUCAGACUAGAAGAUGUGAAGACAAAAUAACUGCAUCUACAUGGCCAGAAACAUUACGGUUAUGUUUUAUUUCAACAUUCCCACACAAUAUGUAUAGUACACAUUCACAGCUAGUGGUCAGCUGACGUGGUGUGCUUGAGCUGCUGACAUCAAGGUUGAAGAGUAUUGUUGUUUAGAGCAAUGCAUUUUAAAUUGCUGACAAAAAUUAUAAUAUCGAAGUCAUUCCACUGAACAGAGCUGAUGUGUUGUAGAUUUCAAAAAUCAUUCUGACUGUAUAAUCUGUGACAGGACAUGAUCAAAUGAUCUCCUUAAAAACUACAUAGGAAAAUAAAAGUUUAAUUUAAAUUUAGUCAGUGUUAUGGUCACUGGGUAGUCGACUGGAGUCCCCAGGAUGUUUGGUUAUCAUUUAAUUUCAGUCACUUGAACAAACCAGUUAAAGCACAAAAGUGAAUUAAUACAGGGUUUACUGUAAUAAUUCACUUGAAGAAGAUGAAGGAUACAUACAGAAUUUGUAUGGACUGCAAGUUGAAAUGUCCCCACUGGUACUAACAUUGUACAUUUUAGUAUAUCCAAACUUUGGUGGCUGCUGCCCUUUUAAAUAUGUUAUUUUGGCCCACUAUAAACAGAACUGAAACACUUUUGUCUUGUAUUCUGCGAGAUCUGGUCUGUGUACAAAAGCUGUCACAAAUUUUGGGGCAGAUCCCACAGUCCUAGAAGUAAGAGUGCAAAGUCGGGGCACAGAAACAAAUUAUGCCUUGCUAUAAUUUGAUAUAGCUCUCUUUACCACUCACACAAAUUGCAUUUAUCCAUAUUCCUGAUCAGGGGCAAUGGUUCUGUAGGAUUCAACUCACAGGUUAAAUAUAAAAAAUAUUAUUAGUGCGGCAGCACUAUGAGGUGGUGUAAUAAGAAUGCACUGAUACAGAGGAAGUAAUUUAUUUUCCCCAUUUAGUUGCAUACAGUGUGUUCCCAAUUUGUUUUCUUUAAGUGUGUUAGACCAAUCCUAUUUAUCUCAGCUGAAAAUAAGUUGUCAAAAACUACAUUAUUAUUGAAAUUAUCAGUUAAAUAUUAUGCAGCCCUGGAAACCUCAGUUUUCCUUUUCUGGAAACUUCCCCACCUUGUGCCAAAAGAGACAGCAGCUCUGCUGGGGCUGAUGUUGUUGUAAGACGGCCAAAGUUGGGUAAUUGCUCAUGUCAGUGAUUACUACAUUAGAUGUAUAUUUUUGGUUAGCACUCCAAGUUGAUAGUUGUGCAGUUCUGGCAGUCCACAGCUGUUGCUUUGCUGGACCUUUCAGUGCUCCCUUUUAGCUUUAAAGUGACAGUACUCAGUGUUUUUUGAAAGCAGGAGCCCUUUGCUUCAUCCCACUCAUGUUCUGUUUGUGACUGAGGUCUUUAGCUCUGGGUAUGUUGUUUAUUAAAGCAUACCCCUCCAUCCUUACUUUGCUCCACAAGAAUGAGUGAUAUGUUGCUGAUGAAGCCUUAAUUGAUGUAUGAGUCUUAAUCUUUAGUUGUUAUUUGUAAGGUUUGUCACUUGAAAGGAAUAAACACUAUUAAAAGCCCUCUGUACAUAGAAAAUAGUGAUUUUCAGAGUUAUGUAUAUUAAUAUAUGAGAUAUUGAUCAACAUAGUGUGCUGGGAUUAUUGUGGCUUUCAUCAGCCCAACAUAUCACCUCUUGUGAUAGCCAAUGGAAAUGAUGAUAAUUUAAAGUGACAUAAUAAUAAUUCAUUUACAACAUUCACUUUUUGAUGCAUUUUUAAAAUGGCAAACAUUUCUUAUAUUAUAUAUGUUUUUGUUUGCUCUCAGCUACAUCUAAAUUUUUCAGAAUGUCUUGACCUAUAUUUAGAUUUUUAACAUCAGCACCACUAACAGCAUGGCCUGUGUUCUUAACAACUCUAACAUCAUCUUCCAACAUUUCCAUUACUCUAUAUAAAUAUAAAUUAUUCGGCUCCCUCCUGACUGAAAAAUGUUUCCCAUUAUUUAUUUAUAUCCAGUAUCGAUAUUGGGUUAAAAAAUCGUGCCCAUUCAUACCUAACAUCUGGCAUACUUGAAGUGGUUUUUGAAAUCCCUCCUUAAUAAUGACAUGUAAUGAAAAUAGUGUUAGAUAAUAAGUUCACAUCAAAGCAAUGGUAUUGUCAUUAUUCUUAUUAUUCAGAAUUCAGACGCUGAUUUCAACUAAAGUUUUGGAUUUCUCUUUUGCUAAAAUUAUCAUUGGGAAACCAUAUUUUAUAAAGACUAAUAAUUUAUUUCCAGUCACUUUAUUGAUCAGACGGUGCAGUGUCUGAGAUGCCAAACACCUGGGACUCUCUGCGGUUCUGACUGCAGCCUGUAACCCACACAUGAUGUCCGGCAUCUGGACUGAACGCAGUGAGACAUUGUGAUGGCCAAUGCAGGUGCACCUGCCACAGGAGGAGCUAGAAAUGCUGUAAGACACAUGAUUGUGAAUAAUAUUAGUACACAUCUGAAACUAGUUGGGAAACUGAGCUCUUUAGCAAGUUUGGAGAAGAGGAAUGGAACUUUCCUUAAGGUUUCAUACAAAAUGGUGGUGUUUGCAACAGAUGUUGGGAAUUCCCUCAUACAAAUAUGCAAAGUGACAAAUGUGUGUCUCUGUAUAUAUAUAUACAUAUAUAU